UCGCGACUGCCGCAGCUGCGCCGCCGGGUGCCGAUUCAUGGCAGCGGUGGCGACGAUGAUGGCCGCGUCCGGGGGGCCGGUGCUGAAUGGGGCGGACGCGGGCGUCGCGGGGCUGAAGGAGGCGGCGGGUAUGUACGAGCAGCUGCGGGCCGAGUGGAACCGCAAGAACCUCAACCUGAGCAAGUGCGGAGACUUGCUGGGCCGCCUCAAGCUAGCUCUGCUUGAGCUCAACUUUUUACCCACCACAGGCACAAAACUGACUAAGCAGCAGCUCAUUUUGGCAAGAGAUAUCCUAGAAAUCGGAGCACAGUGGAGUAUCCUGAAGAAAGACAUCCCAUCUUUUGAGAGAUACAUGGCCCAGCUCAAGUGCUACUACUUUGAUUACAAAGACGAGUUGCCAGAGUCAGCCUACAAGCACCAGCUGCUGGGCUUGAACCUCCUCUUCCUGCUGUCCCAGAACCGCGUCGCUGAGUUCCACACUGAGCUGGAGAGGUUGCCAGCAAAGGACAUCCAAACCAACGUCUACAUCAAGCACCCCGUAUCUCUGGAGCAGUACCUGAUGGAAGGCAGCUACAACAAAGUUUUCCUGGCAAAAGGCAAUAUUCCGGCAGAGAGCUACGCUUUCUUCAUUGACAUCUUAUUGGACACCGUCAGGGAUGAAAUUGCCAGCUGCAUCGAGAAGGCCUACGAAAAGAUCCUGCUCAAUGAGGCCACGCGCAUGCUCUUCUUCACCCCCAAGAAGAUGACCGACUAUGCCAAGAAGCGUGGUUGGGUUCUCGGCCCAAACAACCACUACUGCUUCACGGGCCAGCAGCAGAAACCAGAAGAUGCCACCAUCCCCUCGACAGAGCUAGCCAAACAAGUCAUCGAGUAUGCACGGCAGCUGGAGAUGAUUGUGUAGCGGGCAGGGACUGUGUGCUGCUGCUUUCCCUCAUUUUAGCCUUUUUGCUCCGGUUUCCAUCAAUUGACAGGCUUUUUACUUAUGUGGAGGGUGGGAUUCUUUUUUGUCUAUUUCUCCUGGGAUGCCAGAGUAAACCUCGUAAGCUGGAGCGAUCCCUGUGUCAUUAACAGUUACAUUGUUUGUUAGUCCCAGGUGGGGAGAUGUUCUGUUUCAGAAAUGCAGACUGGUUGUUCUUGGGCUUGUCUGAGCCCCGAGGGGGUGGAAAGUCCCUUGCAUGCGUGCGUGCGUGCGUAUUGGCAUCGUGCAUCAGUCCACCAGACGUACUUGCAGGAGCACCUGGUAUCAUGUGAAACAGACACACUCUGUUCCAGAUCAGCACGGGUCAAACAGGCCUCUCAGAAUUAGGAUCAGACUUUGGGUUUUUUAUGUGGUAUCUUGCAGUCAUCUUUUUGUGCAAGUCACUUAAAGGGAUGGUUGGAAGUUAAAUAAACACAAUUUCUUCUACAAA